UUGAUAUGUUAUUAUUUUUGUGUAUCGUAGGGUUGGACGAAGAAUUGUUGACAUUUUUUACAUUUUCCAACAAUUGCAAAAUAGUGUUCAUAACAUUGCAUUUGGAUGUUCUUUUAUGAACUCUUAACUCGUAAAAGAAUAUCGUAAUGGUUAUUUUUGUACGUGGACAUUUAAAUGUAAAAUGUGUAAUCUAAUUACAAAAAUUGAAUCUGAAAAAAGUGAAUCAUAUAUACCUACCAAUCAACAAAGCUAUUGUCAAUGCUACCGUUGGUAUUGGAAUAGGAUAUACUUAGUGAAUUUUCCGCAAUUUUAGAGAUACCCUACUUUAGCGUUAAUACAUACUGUAAAAUAUUCGAUAAUCUUAGUACAGUAAUAGAACAAACGGCAUGGGAGAUGGGAACAGAUGAGAUUGGCGGGCAUUGAGGAAAAGGAAUUAGCGAUGGAGGCUGGAGAUUUUGAUACUGAUGGUAUACCAUUGUACAUUUGUACCCUGUAAUUGCUGACGGUCAAUGGGGAAAACGAAGUUACAAGACCAAGUAUGACGCGUUAUCUGGAGCUGUAAGAAUUGUUCUAUCACAUAAUCGUAUAAAUAGCGAAUUAGUUUAAAUUAUUGUAAUAUGAUUUCUAUGUAGGCUACAAUUAUUGGAUUUCGCUCUAACAAAAUCUUAUUUGUCGGAAUACGAAACCGUUAUUGUUGUAUAUGUGAAAGAGCUCUUGCGUUAAAAUUGUCCACAAAAGACCAUACAUGUAUUUUAAAUUGGGACAAAGCUGCUACUGGUAUGGAAGCUGAUGGAAUUUCCGAGGGAUUUGCCAGAAGCGUUGAGUUACAUGGUUUGAAAUUUAACAGAUUAAUUGGAGAUGGCGAUAGCAGCGUAUUAAAAAAACUAUUAGAGAUAGUUCCUUAUGGACCACACCAUUUGGUACAAAAAAUUGAAUGUCGCAACCAUAUAUUAAGAAAUUAUAGCACAAAAUUAUCUGCAUUAACAAAAAAUACAAAAUACCCACCAUACUUAAGACAGCUAAUUACAAAAAAAAUUACUAAAUUCUGUGUAGCUAUUCGAAAGGCAAUUCAAUUUAGAAAAAAUUUAAAUACUAACAAUAUUGCUAAAAUAAAGGGACUUCAACAAGACAUUUCUAAUAGCCCUUAUCAUAUUUUUGGACAGCAUUCACAAUGUGAUAUUUAUUUUUGUAAAAAACCAACUGAUUGUAAAAAUCAUGUUCCAGCUAUGGAAAUAUGUAGACUUAUGAGUGAUGUUAAUUCAGUUUUAAGAAGAGUGGUUGAAAAUGCUUCAAGUCUUAUAUAUGAUGUUACAAACAACGCUUGUGAGCAAUUUAACUGCGUUAUAAAUAAGUAUAUUUCAGGGAAACGAAUAAACUUUUCUUUAAAGCAAUCUUACAAUACAAGAGUUCAAGCAGCAAUUAUUUCCUACAAUACUAGUGGUAAUUUUCUUAGAGCGGUCCAUAAAAAAUUGAUGCACAAAAGCCCCGGAAUGGUCGGUAAAAAAUUUUUGAUAUCCAAAAAGUACAAACACGAAAACUUAAAAAAAAGACGUCUUUUCAAUUCAAAAAAAUCAAAGAAAAUAAAAUACACAGGACCAGAUGAAUUUUAUGGCCUUGCAGAACCGUUACCAAUAGAUGAAAAUUAAAAUUAAAUGGUAGACAUAAUAUUUUGUAAUUUGGUAAUUUUUAAUCAAUUGAAUAAUUGUUUAAUUGUUAUCAAACGGUAAUUUGUUGAUCAAUAAGUUAUUUAUCAAAUCUUAUCAGAAAACAAUACAAGAUUAUAAUAUCGAAUAUUCUAAAAUCAAUGCUAUUACAUAUUCAUAAGUUU